AUGCGUCCAACAGAACCAGAUGAAUCUUUCCUACCGCGUAUUCAAGCUGUCUUCUAUGCAGUAUUCGACCCGUCCAAAGGUCCAAAAGUUGCCUAUCAAGUGCCAGAAGGACUCGUCGCCUCGAGGUACGCACCCCCUGUCCCCCUGUUCGACUUCAACGACGUGUCCGAGUUCGUCAUCCCCAAAACACAGCUCUGCAACCGACUCGUAAUCUGCACCACCCCGACACACAAGAUCGCUGGCUUCCCUGUGCUGCUCGAGCAUUCUCGGUACACCAGGAACGAAUUCCGGUUUAAUUGCUGUUUUGUGUUUAAGAGGAAUGCGGAUCUGGGGUGUUUGGAGCCUGUUGUGCGGAAAGUGGGGAGGGUGUUGACUGAGUGCGAGCAAGAUAGCUUGUUCCUCUCUUCCCCCUUGACAGCGGGUAGGAUCUACCCACUCCUGGAACAGCUAUACGAAGACCUCAACUCGUACAGCGAAUCUUCUAUCCCUCUGACGCCGCACACGACGCUAGACCUCAAGAUCUUCCCCUUCUACCCCAACCCCAGUCGCGUACGGGACUGGGACGUCCCCGUCGCGCUUGUGGAUAUCAGGAGCAAGCUGGAUGGAAGUAGUGAUGUGACGAUGGUUAGGGUUGUUCAGUGGGUCGAUGGUGUGCGAUGCGUGGGACGGAUUGCGGAGGAGGCGGAUGUCGACUUGGACUGGGUGAGGGGGUGCGUUGAGCAUCUUUUGUACUACCAACAUGUGAUGCUACUCGACCUCUUUUCCCCUUCGAAUAUCUACAUGCUCACCCCGGCAUUCAAGUACCUCGCCAUGGACCCCGUCGUCACCUCCGAAUGCCCGGUAUACGUCACCCCACCAACGAAAACACCUCUGCCCUGGUCCACCCUCCUGCGGUUCUACAACCGGUUCAAGCCGGGGAAGACGGUCGCCGAAUGGGCAGACGAGUGCGGGGUGUGGGACGAGGUCACGCUCGACGCUUGCCGGUUUAUCACUUUUGGAGUUAUAAAGGGCUUCCUGCGCCGGGUGGAACGGUAUCCUCCACGCUCCCCCAGCCCAGGCGUCGUUACCCCCGGCACGACCCCGCCAGCAGGAGUGGGGGUCUCCUUCGCCCCUCCCGCGCAGGUGCCAACAGAGCUCCUCCAGCUGCUGGACGGCACACAUUCCGGGGACGAGCUGUGCUGGAUGUUUGGGGUGAGUUGGGAGGAUAUGGAGGCUUGGCUGGCGAGGAUUGGGGGUGUACCGCUUGGGGGGAAGGAGGAGCAUGGGAGGACACGGGCGGACUUGGGAAGAGUUAGGAUCAUGUUUCGAUGA